AUGCAGCCCAAGUUUGUGCCUGAGCCAGAUGUCAGUGACAUUCGUGAACCUGUACGUCCGCCUCUCAAGCUAUGCACAAUGUCUGCAGAUGGGAUUUUGGCAAUUCCCAAUGCCGAGCGUGAGAAGUGGCUGGCAGAUCCAGUUCGCAACCCGGAUUGGAGAACACGAUUGGCAAACUUUGAUGCUGUCUUCAGUCCUGCUGCCAGUGGACAGCAGCAGCAACAGCAGGCUGCUGCAGCCAAUACUUCCACAGCAGAAGUAGACCUUGCAACGCCAGUGGUCCAGCCUGUGCAAAGCCAGUGUGCAACUCCUCCGCACAUGACUUCAGAUGAGUUCAAGAAGCGGUAUCCUGAGAUCACUUGCAGCGUGACCAUCAACAUGGGUGCACAGUCGAUCACGUGCCACUAUGCGGACAACAAGAUCUUUCUUGUGUGUACAGCGAACUUCCAAAUUCCGGGAAUUUUGAGUCCAGAUGCUCGUCCUAUCUUUCUAUAUGCUGGAGGCACUUGGAUCUCAGACAGUUCAAAGGCUGGGGGUGUGCAUGCGAAGGAUUUCUUGAGCAAGGAGACCAAUGCAAACAAAGCUGUGGAAUUCCAUUUGGAGAGUUCUCAAGACAUGGAUGCCAAGCUGAGCUUGCUUUGUCACAAGUUUUUAGUGGUGCUUGAGGAGACAGGUUCCUCUGGUGUAUCUGACAGUAGCCCGAUGACCCUCUAUGCUUUGUUGACUAUGCUGGAGAAGCGUGGUGUCUUAGAUGCAAAGCUCACCGGCCACAAAGUGGAGCGUCCACCAGAGGUGGUUCGUGGAGAAGCUUCAGAUUCCAUUACCAUCGCCCAUGAGGCUUUCAGUGUGUUCAGGCCAAACCCAGUGGCACAGGUGAAGCAGGUCAAGGCAAGCAAUAUUGCUGGAUUCAUUGGUUUGCGCGCGCUCACCAGCUCCAACUUCAUUACAUUG